AUGAAACUAAUCACCAUCCUUUUCCUCUGCUCUAGGCUGCUGCCAAGUUUGGCUGAGGAAUCCUUCUCGAAGGAAAUUGACUGCGACAAUCAGGAGGUAUUUCAGGCUGUGGAUGCCGCUCUGAAGAAAUAUAAUGGUCGAAACCAAAGUGGCAACCAGUUUGUAUUAUACCGCAUAACCCAGGUCACCAAGACGGAGAGCUCUGGCACAUUUUAUUCCUUCAAGUACGAGGUUAAGGAGGGCGACUGUCCUGUUCAAAGUGGCAAAACCUGGCAAGACUGUGACUACAAAGAAGCUGCGGAAGCUGCCACGGGGGAAUGCACAGCGACAGUGAAGAAGAAGAACACAAAGUUCAUCGUCUCUACCCAAACCUGCCAGAUUACUCCAGCCGAGGGCCCUGUGAUGACAGAAGAAUACAAUUGCCUCGGGUGUGAUCACCCGAUAGCGACAGACAGCCCCGACCUGCAGCCUGUUCUGCAGCACGCCAUUGAGUACUUGAACAACCGCAGUGAGCGCCGCUACCUCUUCGCUGUUCACCGAGUGAAGAAGGCCCACAGACAGGUGGUAGCUGGAUGGAACUAUGAAAUUACCUACUCAGUUGUGCAAACUAAUUGUUCCAAGGAGAAUUUUCCAUUCUUAACUCCUGACUGCAAAUCCCUUUUGAAUGGUGAUUCCGGUGAAUGUAGAGGCACUGCAUACGUGGAUCCUCAGCUAAGAAUUGCUUCCUUCACACAGAACUGUGACCUUUACCCAGCAGAGGAAUUUGUACCGCCACCUACCAAGAUUUGCCCUGGCUGCCCCAUGGAGAUAGCUGUCGACAGCCCGGAGCUGAAGGAGGCUUUAAAUCAUUCCAUUGCAAAGCUUAAUGCAGAGAAUAACGAACCUUUCUAUUUCAAGAUCGACAGUGUGAAAAACGCAACAGUACAGGUGGUGGCUGGAAGGAAAUUUUCUAUUGCUUUCAUAGCCAGAGAAACCAAUUGUUUCAAGGAAAAAAAUGAAGAACUGACCAGUACUUGUGAGAUCAAGGAAGUUGGAAAAGCUCUAGAAUGUGAUGCAGAUGUUCUUGAGGUACCUUGGGAGAAAAAAAUUUACCCUACUGUCAACUGUCGACCGCUGGUAAUGGAGUCAUUGAGGAAAAGGCCUCCAGGUUUUUCACCUUUCCGAUCAGUAUCAUGGAAAAACGCGGAAACAGGAGAAGUAACAACUAGGCACCUAAGGCCCUGCGAGUACAAGGGCCGACCCCCGAAGGCAGGGGCAGAGCCAGCACCCAAGAGUGAGGUCUCUUGACCCGGUGGCAGAAGCUUCAUGCCUGGCACCACAGCGCCAACAGCCUCUGACAGCAGCCCUGAGUAGAAGGACAAGAAGAUGGGAUAAGGAAUUUAAAUAGAGAAGAAUGCCAUCUUAUCCUUCUGUUCCUGGGUGAAAUAAAGUUCCGUUUUGAUGUUCUCACUCCUGGUUAAUUCACAGUGGUCUCCUCCUUUCAGCCAUGUCCAUCCUGCAGCAAAUUCAAGCUGCCCAGAGAGCCGGCGCCCCAGCUCUGUCACAGGGCUCAUAGCCCAAGUCUGGGCCUCUCCAGCCAAAGCAGGAACCCUAUAACGGGGUUUUCCUACCGCCAAGAUCUCAUCACAGGCGCUAAAUCAAGACUUACCUGUCGCCGUUGAGUUGAGUUUGACUCAUGGUGACCCCACAUGUUGCAGAGUAGAACAGCGCCAUAGAGUUUUCUUGGCUGUCAUCUUUACGGAAGCAGAUCGCCAGGACUUUCUCCCACAGCCCCACUGGGAGGGUUCGAACCACCAACCUUUAGGUUAGCAGAAGAUCAAACAAAUAGCUCGUGCCACCCAAACCCAACCCAACCCACUG